AUGGCUCGUCCGUGGCUCGUCGCGGCGUUUCUCCUGUGCGUCGCCUCGGCGCACACCGCGCGGGCGCUCGACGCGGACGCCGCCGUGAUCGACCUGGACGACAGCAACUGGAAGGACCUCGUGAUUGAGAAUGGCAGGGAGGCGUGGGUCGUCUCGUUCGGAGCCGACGGAUGCGCGCCGUGCGCCCAGAUGGCGCCGACCUUCGCGAAGGCGGCCAAGCACAUGGGCGGCAUCGUCAACUUCGGGCACGUCCACGUCGGAGACGCGUCCAUCAAGCUGGCGCAGUCUCUGGGCUUGACGAAGGUGCCGCACGUCGUCGGCCUCCCCGCGCACAAGACGCUCAACCCGUACACGAAGAAGAGCGAGAAGAUCGCGGUGGAGUACCGCAACAGCACCGCCUCGCACAAGCGCAUCGCCGAGUUCGCCGCCACCUUGCUCCCCGACGAUCGCGUCACGCGCAUCGCGGACGCGGACGCGCUCGCGAGGGCGCGAACCGACGCCAGCCACCUCCCGGUCGCGGUGCUCGUCACCGCCAAGGAAACAACCGGAUCGCUCUUCAAGUCCCUCUCGCUGCGCUUCCGCGGACGCGUCGCGUUCGCGGAGGUCCACGUCUCCGACGCCCCCGACGUUCUCGCAUCAAUCCCGGGGCUGGCUGAUCCCGCCACGAUCGAGCCACCCGCGCUCCUGCUGUUCCCACCCGCGGGGGGCGAGGGGGGCGACGUCGAGAGGCACGGCGGCGAGAUGAACGCGCGCUCGCUCGCCGCGUACAUCGAAUCGAAAGCCGCCGACGCCGCGCCCGAGGACGACGCGCCGGAGGUUUUCGACCCGCGCGGGGGCAAGGUGGGCGCGGGGGGUAAUAACGGCGCGGGACCCGGCGGUGAGUCACCGGGCGGUGAGUCACCGGGCGACUCGGACGACGGAUCGCUCUUCCCGUCGGUGACCCCGGCUCGGUUCGAGGAGCUCGUGCUCAAAGCUCCGCCCGUCGCCGUCGUCGCGUUCACCAAGCUGGGCGACCGGGCGUGCGUGGACGUCUCGAGGCGGCUCGCGUCGUCCGCGAUCAAGGGCGUCAACGGACGCGUGUCCCUGAUGGAGGUGAACGCGUCCUCUCCGGAGGGGGCGAAACUCGCGGAGAGGUACGCGCCCGAAACGUUUUUCUCGGCGAACGAUCAAUCCGAAUCCGGGGAGGGAACCGAGGACGACAAGAAGUGCGUGGCGGCGGUGCUGUUUCCGCACGGCACCGACAAGGAGGACGCCGACCCGGACACGUACGAUGGUGACGUGGACGACGCCGAGGCGUUCGCGGCGUGGGUCAGGGAGGCCAUCCCCGACUUCACCAUGCCGCUGCCCCAGCCGAGGCUGGUGGAGGCGUUCAUGCAGAACGACCCGUUCGCGCCCAAGGUUAUCCUCUUCGCGGACGCCAAGCCGGACUCGGCGCUGGGCCGCGAUUUCAUCGCGCUCGCCGCCAACUUCCACCAGGACUUCCAGUUCGCGACGAUCCCAUCCGGCGACAAGGUAAACGCGGCAAAGUUUGGCGUCCAAUCGUACCCGAGCCUCCGCAUGAUGUUCGUGCCGCCGCUCAAGGGUGGGGAGAAUCCGGACACCAACACCGUCCAGAUGCAGGUGGCGCAGUUCCCGGGCUAUACGCUCGAUUACCUGUACAUGCACUCGUGGCUGGACCAGAUCCGCGCGCAGGUGCUCGGGAAGGACCCCACCGGCGGCGACGGCGGCCCCGAGAAGGGCGCGGCUGACCCGGUGAAAUUGGUCGGAACGCCCAAGGAACUCGACGCGGAGUGCGGCGGCGCGGGGCUCUGCGUCGUCGCCUUCGUCCCGCAGGGAACCGAGGACACCGAGCUGCGAACGGCGAUCGUCCAGGCCGCCGCGGAUGACAAGUCGGACAGGCCCGUCAAGUUUGUCGUCGUGGACCCCGUGAAGCAGCGAUCGUUCGCCGCCGCGUUUGAGGUGAGCGCCGACGACGUCCCCGCCGUUGCCGUCGUGAGCAUGAGGAAGAACAGGUUCGCGACGUACAGGGCCACGUUCAGUGCCGAGCGCAUCGCGGGGUUUUUGGACGACGUCCUGUCCGCGAAGCAGCGCACGCGUAUGAUCCAGGAGAUCCCGAAGCUCGUUCCCGGCGGGGAGGAACCGGAGGAGGUGUUUGACGAGGACGUCGAGGAGGAGUUCGACCUGGCCGACAUCAUGGGCGAGGACGUCGAGGGGGAGGUGACCAACGAGGAGAGGCUCAGCCGCAUCGAGCGGGAGCUGGCGGAGGAGGAGGCCGAGAAGAAGAGGAAGAAGGCGGAGGAGGAGGACGCCGCGGCGGCUGCCAAGAAGGCUUCCAAGAAGAAAAAGAAGAAGAAGAGGAAGGGUAAGGCGCACUCCGAGCUGUGA